AUGUCUGAACUAACCAUUUUAGUUCCUCUGUGCCCCCCUCAUGGGUGCCAACUGUGCCUUCCAAUCCCCCGUGACUAUGCGGACCACGCGGGAUUGGUCAAACAUCUGAAGCACGUGCACAGCACCACUCUUUGUUUUGAGUGCCGUGCUUGCGGCUAUACCCACGACAAGUUGAAGAUCAUGAAGGCACAUCAACUCAAAUCGGACAGCUGCCGCACCAGGAUCGAGGCUUUGUCCCCCCCCCCGCCUCCAUUGCCUGCAGACCGAAAGAAGGUCUGCAUACCUACAAGGCCGAGGAAACCUUACGUUCGAAGAAAACAACGACCCUCUCAGGACACCUCUCCCGGCAGCAACGCAUCACAGGACAGCAUCGAAGCCGACACCCCCUCGCCGCCAUUGCCUGCCAGUAGGCGCCGCUGCACCACCAGGAGGUCUCGCCCAUUGCCUGCCCACGUCGCAGAGAACAACAGUCCACCCUCAUCCCUCUCAUCGCCAUCAUCGACGCCUCCUCGCUCGCAACCACGAUGGAGUAGGACCACACGACCAAUCCAGGCAAUUCUUGAAGAAAGCCAAUCCACCGAGACAGCUGACAACGUAGAGACGGCUCCAAUAUCAGCGCCCGUUCCUGCCAGCUCACAGUCGCCCACAUAUGCCCAGGUGCUGCAGUCCAGCCCACCAUCUACUACUGCAACUCCUAGUCACCAUACAAACGAAAACCGUCAGUCGCCACAACACCCGUCAUCCACCAGGGAGGAACAUCUCUCUCCGUCUGGAAGAGAUCAGGUAAGAGUUUUAUCUCCCCCAUCCUCCCCCACGUGUGCUCCUGCGCCCACGCAGGAAAGUCAUCGGCACGACGCCACUACCGACAGCACCUCCCCCCCAUCUUGGGUAACAGCUUGGAUCUCCCGAUUCGACGCCGCCAUCGAUGAGGACAUUUUGGAGGGCGUCUUAAAAGACUUUGUGGAACUUGCACACCAGAUAUGCAACAUCCGCACACCGCAGCCUCAACAGCAGCAUCCUCGCCACCGUCGCAGUUCGUCUGAACAGCACCACAACUCUCAACUUGAGGCAAGUAUGAUACAACGGUUGUACAGGGCCAACCGAAAACGUGCCUACGACCAGAUCCUUGGGGGCCCCCCCGCUUCUGCAAUAUUGAUCCUGUAA